GCUUAUUUUAAUUUUCUUAUUCUCCUAUAUGCCAUCAACGCCAAGUACUUCUAUUGCUCCACUAACUAGUCAAUAUAGCUAUCAAUAUAAUUAUUACGGAUCUUAUGGCACAGGUCCCGGUGAUUCUCAACACCGUCAAUUACACAGAAUUUGGGAAACGGAUGAAGAAGGGGAAUUAUUGGUUAAUAAAAAUGUUUCAAAUGAUCCACCACCAACAACAAAUUUAUCAGAACAACAAUAUAUGUUUUUAGAUGUUUAUUUACCUAAUGGUUUGUUAUUACCUAUACAAUGCCAAACACAUAGAACUAUUGCUUUGUUAAAACAAGAUGUGUUCUUUCAGGCUAGAAAGUAUCCUUUGGGCGCUUCUCUCUCGGAUAUUUCCAACUACAUUUUUAUGACUAUUGGUCUAGAUGGUGCGCAUAUUCAGUUAUAUGAUGAACAAAAGCCAGUAUCAAGUCUUCAAAAUCUGUUCCUUCCUCUUUUGGUAUUGGUCGAACCAGAAGGGAAUAAAAUGGAAAAAGAAUUAAAUCAACAAAUUGGCUAUAUAAUGGGCAUUACUUUAAUGGAACUUGAAAGAAAACUUGACAAAGAACUUCAAAACUUUCGAUUAAAGUUAUUCGAAACUUGUUUGGAGGCUGAACAGGAACGAGGAACUUACCAAUUUUUACAUUAUGCAUUUCCUGAAGGGCCACUUUUGCAACAACAAUUACAUCCUGGAGCUAAUUCUUCACAAUUUGGAACAAUUGAUCCGUCCGAUCACCCACUCGAAAUUGAGAGGAGAGCAUUGGAGAAAUUAAGACAAAAAAUGCAAUCAUCUGAUGCUUAUGUUGAGAUUUGGUAUGGAAUACCUUCAACCAAAAAUUCUCAGGAAAAUCAAAAAGAAGUAGAUUUUGAAUAUUCUGUUCGUAUUCGCAAUAUUUUGGGGGCAACACCAGAAGAUGUUUUGAGAGCUGCAUUAAAUGAAUUUAGAACACAAUAUUCUUUAGAUAUUAGACAACCACAUACAGAAUUUAUAUUGCAAAUAGCUGGACAGCAAGUUUAUGUUACUAGACCGGAUGUUCCUUUAACGCAAUUUGUGUAUAUUCGUUCAUGUUUUGAAAACUAUCGAAUUCCAAGACUAAUAAUCAGAGAGAAAAGGCUUGUUUUUAUGGACUACCCGCCACCUCCCAAAAUAUUUGAGCCUUCCUAUGUCCGUCGUGAAGUGCAUAAUCAAUAUUUAACAAAUGAAACUUUAGCAAACGGCACCUCGACAGUUUCUGACGGUACUUCUCAAUCAUCUAGUGGAGACGCUAAACAAAAACUGAAAAAACUUUUUUGGGAUCUGGAUGAAAAUUUGAGUCGGGAUCAUUUAUUUGUACGUGUUGCUGUGGCUGUUGGUAGACAUGUUCUUGAUGUAAAAGAUUCAAUUACAGUGACAUCCUCAAAUCCACGAUGGGGACAGGAGACAUUUAUUGACUUUGACAUUUAUCUGAAAGACUUACCAGAAUCAGCUCAACUCUGUUUUUCAUUAAUAUCAAUUCACAAUCCAAAUAGCUCUUCAUCAGAUAUUUCAAAAAUUAAUACUAAACAACAACAAAGGUCAGGAACUCCUACAUUAAACACAGUUUCAACUUCAAUUAAUUGUGAAUUAAAUUCUUUGGGUUAUGCUAAUUUACAUAUUUUUGAUUGGCGAAGUCGCCUUAUUCAAGGAAAACAGACACUAUUUUUGCGUCCAUAUGAAAAGACUCGUUCUUCCAUUUCUUCUCCUCAAUUUGUCCAUCUAGAUAAUGAGUAUGGGGAUGCUCUUUCAACUGUAACAUCGAGGACUCCUCGUCUGGAAAUUGAAAUGCCGGAGUAUUUUGGCGGUUCUACAAUUAUUGAGUAUCCUCCAGAUUUGGUUAUUCAACGUUAUAUUUGUUGGUUAAAACAACACAGGCGAAAAAGAAAGUCUGAUGAAUUAAAUAACAAUGGAUCGAUUGAUAAAUAUAAUUCUGAAGAUGAUUUGGAUGAUAGUGACGAUAAUGUUGAAACAGAUGAAGAUGUGGAAUAUGGUGAUGAAUAUGGCAUUAAUAAAUUAAGAAAGAUGACAUUGGCACAAAAGCCGUUAAUGACGCAAGGCGAUGAACUAGAACAUCUUCUUCGUCUAGGCCGUUCAUUAGAUUCAACUUUACUUACCUCAAUAGAUCAACGCUUCCUUUGGCAUCGGCGCCGUCUUAUUUGUCAUCAUUUUCCGCAAAUGCUUCCUGUACUAGCUGAUUGCGCUAUUAUUUGGCGAACUCGUGAAAAUACUAGUGAAUUUUAUAGAUUGCUAGCUAAAUGGCCUCCACUCUAUGUAGAUACAGCAAUCGAAUUGCUGGAUGGAAGAUAUGUUGAUAGACGACUGCGAACUUUAGCAGUGAAACAUUUAGAUGAUGCUUUGGAUGAUGAUCAAUUGCAACUUUAUUUGUUGAUUUUGGUUCAGGUUUUCUUAAAUUUAUUGCUUUUGUUACCAGUGCUUCGAAAUUUCAAAUUUGCUCGUACUCGUACUCGUACUUCGUACCACCUCUUUUUUUGGCCUCGUACUCGUACUCGUACCUCGUACCACCCUUAUUUUUUUGCUCGUACUCGUACUCGUACCUCGUACCACCCCUAUUUUUGGCCUCGUACCUCGUACUCGUACCUCGUACUUACUCGUACUUGA